AAUUCCAAAACCAACAAAUACAGAAAAUUCCAAAACCACUAUAUUACUGUUAUUUGUGUUCGCGCAAACAUCAUCCCAAUAAAGCUCAUUACAUUGCUUCUGUAAGAAGCUCAUAACGCAUCAUCCUCCACCUCUUCAGAUAGCCAUGGUGCUUUUCAACGUUUCACGCAUAGACACCACUCCCAUCGAUGGCCAGAAGCCUGGAACCUCUGGUCUCCGCAAGAAGGUGAAAGUAUUCGUGCAGCCUCAUUACCUCGAAAAUUUUGUUCAGGCAAUAUUCAAUGCGCUAACGGCGGAAAAAGUUAGAGGCGCAACACUAGUUGUAUCUGGCGAUGGUCGUUAUUAUUCAAAAGAAGCUAUUCAGAUUAUAACUAAAAUGUCAGCAGCAAAUGGUGUAAGACGUGUUUGGGUUGGUCAAAAUGGAUUGCUUUCAACUCCUGCAGUAUCUGCUGUUAUCCGUGAAAGAGUUGGGGCUGAUGGAUCCAAGGCAACAGGAGCAUUUAUACUGACAGCAAGUCACAACCCUGGUGGCCCUGAGGAGGAUUUUGGAAUUAAAUAUAACAUGGAAAAUGGUGGACCAGCACCCGAGGGAAUUACUGACAAGAUAUAUGAAAACACAACAACAAUUAAGGAGUACUUGACUGCUGAAGAUCUGCCAGACGUGGAUAUCACCAAAGUAGGUGUUACAAACUUUACAGGCCCUGAAGGACCAUUUGACGUUGAGGUUUUUGAUUCAGCAAGUGAUUAUAUAAAAUUGAUGAAGUCAAUUUUUGAUUUUGAAGCUAUCAGGAAACUGCUGUUAUCUCCUAAAUUCUCAUUCUGUUUUGAUGCAUUGCAUGGAGUUGGUGGAGCUUAUGCAAAGAGUACUUUUGUGGAUGAGCUUGGCGCACAAGAAAGCUCUUUACUGAACUGUACACCAAAGGAAGAUUUUGGUGGAGGACACCCUGACCCCAAUUUGACAUAUGCAAAGGAGUUGGUUGCUCGCAUGGGAUUGGGCAAAUCUGAAACUCAAGAUGAGCCCCCAGAGUUUGGUGCUGCUGCUGACGGUGAUGCAGAUCGCAACAUGAUACUUGGUAAAAGGUUUUUUGUCACUCCUUCAGAUUCUGUGGCCAUUAUUGCUGCAAAUGCUGUUGAAGCUAUACCAUACUUUUCUGCAGGCUUAAAGGGAGUUGCCAGGAGCAUGCCAACCUCUGCUGCCCUGGAUGUCGUAGCUAAACAUCUGAAUUUGAAAUUUUUUGAGGUACCCACUGGUUGGAAGUUCUUUGGUAAUUUAAUGGAUGCUGGAUUAUGUUCCAUUUGUGGUGAAGAAAGUUUUGGGACUGGUUCGGACCACAUUCGUGAGAAAGAUGGUAUCUGGGCAGUUUUGGCCUGGCUAUCUAUACUUGCAUAUAAAAAUAAAGAUAAUCUUGAAGACAAACUCAUAACAGUUGAAGACAUAGUGCGCCAGCAUUGGGCUACUUAUGGGCGCCAUUAUUAUACUCGAUAUGACUAUGAAAAUGUGGAUGCAGGUGCAGCAAAGGAACUGAUGGCCUAUUUGGUGAAACUGCAAUCCUCACUUUCAGAAGUCAAUCAGAUUGUUAAGGGGGCCAGGUCAGAUGUUUCAAAUGUUGUCAACGCUGAUGAGUUUGAGUACAAAGAUCCUGUAGAUGGUUCCAUCUCAUCUCAUCAGGGCAUCCGAUAUUUCUUCGAGGAUGGAUCACGAUUGAUUUUCCGACUCUCUGGAACUGGAUCAGUAGGUGCAACUAUUCGACUCUACAUUGAGCAAUAUGAGAAGGAUCCAUCAAAGAUUGGGAGACUUUCACAUGAAGCGCUAGCUCCUCUUGUGGAGGUUGCAUUGAAACUUUCAAAGAUGGAGGAAUUCACUGGUCGAUCUGCUCCAACCGUCAUUACAUGAAUGCAUAAUACUGGAAGUCAGUUAGACCUAAAGCUUCACCAAGUCAUUUCAUCUUGUUUGUCCCCCAUUUCAAUCCAGUGUUAAUUUGAGUGUAGCCAACUUGUAAUGUUGGUGGUUUGAAGUCCCUUACUAUGUCCACUUGAGUGGACUUUACUUAACUAAAUUUUGAUGUGCUGAAUAAUUUGAAAAAUGCCGAAUGCGGAUUAUACGUUCUUAAAAUAACGGUUCCUCAUUUUGCCUUUUUUUUUCUUUCUUUCUGGGGUGUUCUUUUCCCUUCAUUUUCUUGCCUUCCCUCUGCUAUGUUCCAGGGGUAAGUUGGAUUUGCAUAAGCUUGCUGUAAAAAGAAAAAAAUCUAGUAUGAGAUUGGAGAGCCAGGGAUUGAUAUUAUUCAAAUCGGUAUAUUUUAAUAUUCUUGCUUUCUGCUAA